AUGCCAAAUGGCGUGUUGAACCAUGUCGACCCGGUGACUCUUGGUGUUUCGUCACCAUGGAGAUCCGUGCACACAAGGGACUUUUGCCAAGCUUGGCAUGAGGACCUCCAUGCACGGAGGCCGCGGGGCCCUCGAUUAUCCUCAUUUCUGGGACAUUCGGAGACGAGCUUCGAUGCGCUGACGAUCGAUGCCGCCGUGCUUCCCUCAGAGAAGAUGCUAGACAUUCGAAAAGCCUGCAAGAUGAAUAUUGCCGAUCCACUUGAUCCCGUGGGUCCAGCCAAAAUCUUUCGAGACAACCUCGAGACAGGAGCGCAGUGUGCCGAGAAAAUUGGUAGCAACCUUUUCACGGGCUCCCUCGGAGAGAGCUCAGGCACCAAGUUUAAAGGCGAAUUGCCUGUGGAGUUGGGGGGGCAGGUGCGAGAAGACGUGGAAGCCAUCCAGGACACCUGUCACGACUUCGCAUCCCUUCUUCUUCAUCGGCUAUCGCGCAAGGAAAACAAGUCCCUAAACAAGGUGGAUGCUGUCCGCGUGUUGAAAUCCUUUGGCAGAUGCCUGGAAGCCAUGGGGCAGGGAACCACACUGCUUGGUUGCCAGACGGGCGGUGCUGAGGGAGAGGAUGAAGCAACGUGUGAAAAGGAGGCGGGAGUAGAGCCAGGCCAAUCCUCCUGGUUCUAG